AUGUGGAUGAAACCUGAAGAUCCCCCGUCACCAAACUUCAUUUAUCCGUAUGGUGCAACGCUUACAGUUAAAAAGCCAGCUGUAGCAAUUCUGUCCAGCAGUGAUGUAUGCUAUCCUGUUAAAAGACCAGUUGCAGCUUUAUACACUUCGGAGAAGACAGGAGGUAAGCUUUUCGUGAUGGGUUCAGGUCAUUUCUUCACGGAUCAGUAUUUGGACUGUGAAUGUAAUGAUCUCAUUCGUGAGUUAAUAUUCAACUACUUCGGUGGAGUAACUGAUUUGCAUCUCAACCCAGUCGAUGUGGAUGAUCCUGAUGUAAACGAAUACCGUACCUUAGGUGAUGUACUAUGGCUCAGUACUUUGCUUCUGCCGGAGCCAGCAAGUUCCCCACCACCACGGCUGACACCGCUUCAUCCUCACGCCCUCUUCACAUGGAGACUAUUUUCUCUCAAUCUCUCGCACUUACCAGAAGUACUAGGACUAUAUGAGGAGUUAGGAGUAAAACACGAACCUCUUCGGCUGAUCGCCCCGCAGUUUGAAACUCCAUUUCCACCUUUACAAUUAGCCGUAUUCGCUCCGACGUUUCGAGAGCCACCUCCACCACCAUUGGAGCUAUUUGACCUCGACGAAGCCUUUUCUUCAGAAAAGUCACAACUUGCAAGACUUGCAAACAAGUGUCUGCAGCCAAAUAGCAAUAGGAUGGCACAAGGUGAUGGACAACUAGAAAAUGAACUAGAGUACUUCAUACGAGAGUGUGGACGUGCUGUGCGAUUGACGAAGUCCCAGAACCAAGGAGCAAAACAAGUGUUACACCAACUUGGUUUACAACUAGCAACUUUUAAGAAAAUUGCGCCUAAAGAUUAAUCUUAAGAUUAAAAUAUUAUUCAAAAUAACGUUUUAUUUUAUGCGUUUUAUACUCCUGCAUCCUGCAACUUCUUAUUUUACAUUCAUAGAUUAUAGAUACAU